AUGAAACGAUUAGGAACUGCUAUUCGUAAAGUGCCUCCUGGUGUAGCUAUCAAGAUCUUACGACGUGGAUUUGUAUUGCCUGCCCCAGCAGCAAGAUUACUAUUCAAAGACAUUUUGCGUCCUGAAGGAUGGCAUCGUAAAUGGAUUCACAAGGUCAAGAACAGCAAAGGAUGGUGGGGUUGCUGGAUUGGUGAAAAUGUCCACAAGUUGGACCGUUCUGCAAUGAUGGAACGCGUUGCUCAAGCCGAUAUUGUCUUUUUCCAUGUGCACGGUGGUGGAUUUAGAAUUGGCAAAUGCAACAUGUUUAUGGAUACGUAUAUCCAUUGGCUCCAAUACCUAAAGGAGCAUUAUAAUAUUAAUGCUGUGAUCAUGUCUGCGGAGCACCGGUUAUCACCCGAAUACAAGUAUCCUAGUGCAACCGAGGAUGUAGUGCACGCAUAUGAGCAUUUGGUGAACACACUCCAAGUGGAUCCAUCCAAGAUUGUUGCUAUUGGAGGAUCGACAGGUGCAGCGCUCAUUCUGGAAAUGUUAUUCAUCACGCAUGACCCAACGAUGUUUGAAGUGGUGACUGACAACGGGCAACAAGCAGCUGAUUUGCCAGAGCUACCACGUCCUGCAGCAGCUGUUUUGAGUUCACCCCUCGUGACCGAUCAAACGACAUCUGACUCGUGGCGUCAAAACACCAAAUACGACUAUAUUACCCAAUUCACUGCUAAACGUAUCAUUGAUGAUUACUUUGAAGAGCCUUCUCCUGAUACUCCUCCUGAUACCAAUCGUCUUCUUGGCAUCGCUGAUUUGCAAACGGGCUAUCGUGCAUUCCUUCCAGAAUGUCUCAUGUUUGUAGGCAACAAGGAAGCGUUGCGUGAUGAUGCCCUUGACUUUGCCAGCAAGGCAGAGCAAGAUGGUGUCCCUUGGCAAACAUUUGUGGGUGAAAAUGAAGUCCAUGAUUGGUUUAUUGUUCGUGAAGUUGUCAAGGAUAAAAAGAUGCUGCAACGUGCCGAUACUCUCUUUGGCGACUUUUGCUAUCGUAUGGUCAUUGAACAACGUCGAAACACUCAACAACUCAACAGCACGCUACACGCAGUACCCGAAGAAGACGAGAAAACAAGUAUCUCACCAUCAACAUCAUCAUCAUCUUAUGUUACCAACGACGACGAGGAGUUUCAUGAAUCCCGUGAUGAUAAUCGAGGCUCAUCCACAUCCACCACCGUAUCCAGUUUGCCAUCUUCCAAAAGAAAAACAUCAUUGACCAUUUAUGUGUAG